AUGAAUCCUCCUGAAGAAAAGCUUAUUUUAAAACUAGCAAAGCAUAUUCUUCAAACAAAGGAUGAAAUGGAGCUUACUCAUGCUAUGGAAUAUGCUUCUGUUAUUUUUCAAGCUAAAAUUUUUCAAACAAGUAAUAAAAAUAUUGAGUUUUACUCUAGAAAAUGGAAAGGACUCCUUUCUGAUGAAAGUAGGCAGAAAUUAACUCAAAUCCAAAAUACUAUUUCAUCGAAACCUCAUCCGAUUUUAAAAAUUAUUGAUUUACUAGCGAGAUCAGAAAAGCCGACUAAAGAUAUACAAUUACCUCCAGAAAGAAAGAGAUUUUCAUUAGCAAUUAGCGAAAAAGAUUUAAUUUUUGAACUGAUAACACUUCUCCAAUGCGGAAAUGGUAAUACUAUCAAGUACGAAGAUGGGAAAUUUGUUAUAAGUUCAGAAAUAUCACCACAAUUUCUUAAAGUUACAUUGAAAAUAUUAUCAACAGUUCAAUGCAUCCAUGAAUUAUCUCAAUCUCGAGAAAAACUUACAGGAAUCGUAGGUCAAACACUUUCAAUUCAUAUCAUGUCCGAAGUUUCUAAAUAUAUUGAAUAUAUUUCCAAAUACAAUUAUGAAAAAACAACAUUAAUUCAACUACAAUCAUAUCUUUUAACUCCAGAAACAGAAAAUAUUCAUGCACUUACAUUCAUCUAUUUCUCUAUUGUCAAAUCCAGCUCAAACUAUAUGGCAGCAAUCGCUCUUUUGAAUGGACAUGGAAAUCCUUACGUUUCAAAUUUGGCUAAUAAGUUAACUGAAGCUUGUUAUUCUGCAAUUCUCGAAUUCAUUCAAAGCUGGGUUAUUCACGGUAUUAUUGAUGAUCCAUAUCAUGAAUUUUUCAUCGAAGAAGAUCAUUCUGUCAAUGUCAAGAUGAAAGAUCCUGCAAGUUGGUGGACAACUCAAUAUACAUUAGUCGUUGAUAAAAUUCCUCCAAAGUUUUUCGACAAAGAAACUCUUAUGAUGAUAUUAUCAUGUGGAAAAGCUUUGAAUUUCAUUAAAGAAUUCAAAACGAAUAACUUUAAUGAAGGAUAUGUUCCAUUUAAAGGCAAAUUUUUCGAUCUAUCAAUGGUAGAUUCCUUCCUUAUGACUUCAAUGAAUGCAGUCAUUAAUUUAAUUAUCAGGGAGAAUUGGCUUCUUGGACAUUUGAAAGUUAUUAAUGAUUUCAUGCUUUUUUGUAGAGGUGAUUUUGCCACAUCAUUGUUCUAUGCAAUUAAUGAAUCAGAUGAUAUUUCUUCAGUUUACAUUCUAACGAGAGCAUUGAAAGGUAUUGACUUCGGAAAAUGUUAUACCAAUAAACUUACUGGAGAAAAUUUAAUUAAUUACCUCGAUUAUAAGAAGAAUGACUCUAAUGUUCUUGCAAGCUUAGUAUAUAAGACUAAAGAUCCAAUAACAACUGUUGUUGGUCUUAGAGCAAUGAAAUUAUAUGAAAGAUUUUCAAAAUUCGUUUGGAGAAUUCGAUCGAUUCAACUUACUUUAUCAAAUGGAUGGAAAUUCCAUAGAAUUCCAUUGUUUGUUGAAGAAGAAUAUAUAGGAGGAAUUGGCGACACAAUAAGUGGUGCAGAUCUCGUUUCUAAAAUUGCUGGGAUGCGAUUUAAUUUCCUCUUUGCUUCUGCGUCAUUGAAUGAAUGGAUUUCUUCAGAUGUAAUUUUGUCUAACAGAAAAGAAAUGGAAACUCAAAUCCAGAAUGCCACAACAUUUGAUCAAAUCAUUCAUUAUCAUAAAAGAUAUCUUCAUCAGUUGAAAAGAGGUUUCUUACUUACUGAAGAGUUUGCUCAAGCACAAACUGCUCUUGCGCAACUUGUUGAUGUUUUUGACCAAUUCAUUGCUCUUGUCAAAGAUAUUUAUUCAUAUUUUGAUGAUUGUGAUGCCCAUUAUCAGUAUAUUCUUAACGGAGGCGAAGAUGAAUUUCAAGAUUCUCCUGAUGCAGAAUUUGAUGAGUUUAACCAGAGUUUAGAUUUGAUUCAGCACACUUUUAAUACCAAAUUAAAAGUACUUCAUGCAAAAGUCACACAGAAUCUAGGAAUUCCUGAGUUCUCUCACUUAGAAUUGCGAUUACUCUCUUGCUUAAAGUCAAGUGAGAAAGAAAGUCAAUAA